UGGCGGACGGUGCCAAAAAGAAAUCUUCAAAAAAAAUAUUUGUGCACGAAAAUGGGGAACCCAUGUCAUUUUAUAUGGCCCCAAGCAGUGAAAAGGCUGAUUUAAGAGCCGAUGUUUUUCAUCAUGGUGGACGAUUUGCUCUGACUACAGAGAGGGAGAUGGAAGGUGUCAUCAAAAUGGCGACCGAGGGAGCAACAUUGCCGUCUGGUGCUACUGACUUCUUCUCAAUAAAUUUCAUCAAAGAUUCUACUGACAAAGAUAAAAAGUUGAAAUUGGAGGAUUACAGAAUGUCUGCUGACGCAAAGGGGGCCUUUUAUUCAAAGGUGCACCUGGACUAUCAGGAUGAAUUGACAAAUGAAUUUGAUGACUUGAUGCCCACACUCAUUGCUUACAAUAGCAAAACAAUGAAGGGGAGAAAAAUGUAUCAAGUACAUGAGGACAAGGCUAUAAUAACCUACCUCGUGGAAAAUCGCAAACUCUUCAAGGUGAAUGGAAAUGCGGUUUGGAAGACAAUGGAGUCACUCGGGAUUACAAGCCACACCUGGCAAUCGAUGAAGGACCAUUACAUUAAAUAUGUACAGCCUAACCUGCGAGCCUUUGAUCUGCCGCCCAAAGUCACCAAGGACCUCUGCAGAUUUUACCCAGCUCUCAAGACUAAUCCAAAAGACAACGAGGAGCCUGAGAUAGACGAUACCUCAACUGAUUCUGAUGUCAUCUCAGAGGUCAGUGCAACAGACGAAACACUUUUGAAGGCAGCAGGAGGUGCAGAGUCAGAUGCCUGUUCCUCAUCGUCAAACAUAGUUACUGGGAAUGGUGACCAUGGUAGCGACCUUGACCCUCAAACGGGAACAUCUGCAGAAUCCAGGAAGAACAGAAACAUGCCAGUCAAGCAAACGCCGCCAAAGAAAAUGUCCAGUCUUCAAGCACCUGUUGAGGAGAACUCGAACAAAAAUGGGCCGAGUUUGUCUGAUAAUGUCGAUGCUGUGAAGGAUUCGAAUAAAAUGUCGCGUCGAAGGAAACAAAGACUUGUUUUGAGGACGGAUUUUGACAUCGGGGACGGUAAUGAUUUGCCGGGGCUGAGUGGUAAUGAUAACAAGGACAAAAAGAAAAAAACGCCCGUCAAGCUAACACCACUUAAAAAAACUUCCAAAAAUCAGGUUCGAGUUCAAGCGAAUUCUCGCAAAAGACGGCGGAUCUUAGAUGACUCUAAUGCUGCUACACUUUCCAAUAUAUCCACGGCAGGAAAUAGCUCGGAAUGUGACGACUUUGAUGAUUUUGACAGCCCAGGGGGCCGAGUCAAUGCUAUUAAGAGAGCUAGAACUUUAUCACCACAGGUGAACCAGAAGAGUUUAAAUCAUAAGAAAAUAUCGAAAUAUUUUGUCAAUGUUGAGAAAACACCACCAUCUGCUAGUGCUACUCGGUCAGAGAUUGGGCUGUCUUCCAGUGAGUGUGAGAAUGAAGAGAUGUUACCCACGGGGGAAUCUGAUGGCCCUGGUGAGGAAACUGGAGACAGUGUUACUGCAAGGGAGUCGAUGGGUUCGGGUGAUGAGAGCGGUGGGAUGGAGACAGCGAAAGAAACAAUGAGCUCGGACAGUGAUGCGUCGCCAAUGCUGAAGCAGGCGCAUGUAGAAGAGACAGUUGAAGACGAGGAUGAACAGGGUGGCUCCGAGGAGAUGGAUGAAACGUUCGAAGAAGGAGAACUGCAUUUGGAUUCUGAUGAGAGUGAUGAUGACGAUGCAAGUGAUGCAGGACCGAUGCGGCUAUCACAAUCAGAAGCGGACGAGGUGUUGGAGGGCAUGGAGUCGUCUUUUGAGUUAGAUCCAGAAAGGGUAAAGGAAAUACUAUGGUCAUUCAGUGGAAAUGUAGGAGAUGCAGUGUCUUUCCUUCAGGGAGCAGAUUUGCCAUUCUGGACCCGGCAGGAUGACGAGAAUUUGUGUUCUGGUGAAAACCCUGAGAGCUUGGACAGAUUUACUUGCAGUCAGAAGAAGGCCCGGCUGGCAUUCUUGAGACCUGUGAGAAAAACGUAUGUGAACAUGAGUUAGGAACAGUUAAAACGUUGUCGAUGCUUGUCAUUAUUUAACUACAGACAUUUUGAACCAAAAGACAAUUUUAUAUUUUGUAUUGAGAAAUUGCAA